AUGGAUACCUUUAAUUCUCAACAUUCUUCUUCCUUAUUGAAUUAUAAUGAAGAUUCAAUAGAAUCCAAUCCUUUUGCAAAUGCUUCUUCUCAAUCACCUGAGAUUGAAACAUCAUCAACAAUAGAGACCCAUUUACCCAAUGAUUUACAAGAAGACGAUUCAGUAAAAGAAGAAACAAAUCAAAAUGAAUUAACAAAUGAGUUGGGAGAAUUGAGUUUAAAUACUCAACCCAAUGUGAUUACUAAAGACAAUAGAGAAGAAGAUACCCAAUCAGCAUCUUUACAAGUACCCAAAAGUGGAUCUCGACCUUAUUUUAAGGUGACAAUUGAAGAUCCACAAAAAGUAGGUGAUGCUAUUAAAGCUUAUAUUAUCUAUAAAGUGAGAACAAAGACCAAUUCUCCUGCUUUUCGUUCUUCUGAAUUUGUAGUGGCAAGACGCUUCAGUGACUUUUUAUGGUUAUAUAAUCAACUUACGUUAGGUAAUCCUGGUGUGAUUGUACCACCUGUUCCAGAAAAACAUGCUUUCUUAGGACGAUUUCAAAACGAUUUUGUAGAAUCAAGAAGAAUAGCCUUGGAGCGCUGCCUACAAAAAAUAGUAGCUCAUCCAAUGCUAUAUGGUGAUCCUGAUUUAAAAGUCUUUCUAGAAAGCGAGUCAUUUAAUGUGGAGAAACGACAACGGAGAGCAGAACCUGAGAAUUCUAAAAUGAGUUUUAUGCGAUCCUUUGGUGAAACGAUAACACAUGCAGCUACAAAUCCAUUUUCUAAAUUUGUUGAAGUAGAUGAAUGGUUUGAAUCAAAAAAGAACCAAUUAGAUGCAUUAGAAGUACAAUUAAAGGGCUUAUUAAAGAGUGUAGAAGGCGUGAUUAAGCAGAGAAAGGAGUUGGGCGCGGCUACUUUGGAUUUUGGAGAAAGUAUGUUCCCACUUGCUUCAGCUGAAUUAAAUCGAAAUUUAUCCACUCAUUUAAUGGUCUUGGGUGAAAUACAAAAGAAAAUGAAAGAUCUACAUGAACAACAAGCCCAAUAUGAUAUUAUCACUUUAGAGAAUACAAUUGAUGAAUAUAUUCGAAUCAUUGGUUCUAUUAGAAUUGCCUUCAAUGCAAGAAUAAAAGCAUUUCAAACUUAUCAACAAGCAGACUCUGAAUAUCAAAAGAAAUUAAGCUUAUUUGAAAAACUCAAACAACAGAAAGCAGAUAAACAACACGAAUUAAAUGAAAUGAAAGCAAGAGUGGAGGAAUUAAGAGACGAGUUUGAUGAUAUUUCAAAAUUAAUCAAGAAUGAACUUGAUAGAUUUGAUAAAGAAAAAGUAGAAGAUUUUCGUGAUAGUGUAGAGCAAUUCCUUAAAAGUAUGAUUGAACAUCAAAAACAAAUUAUUGCUUUAUGGGAGACUUAUUUUGAGCAAACAGAAGGAUUAAGUGAUAAUGAUGGAGAAGAAGUAACUGCAUCAACAAUUUAAUAAUAAAUAUUUGCUUGUAAAAUAAUAAUAAUAAUAGAAAAAAAAAAAAAAUAAAGAGUUAAAUA